CACAAACUUGUUCUCUCUCACUCCCAAGUUGAAAAACAUCAGAGUAUUAAACUAGGGUUUUCCAUAAACUGAAAGGGAUUUGGAAGAAAACAAGUGCAUCUCAAUUGGUCCUCAUUCCUUCUGGGUUCUCAAAUUCAAUCCCACAAAGUGUUCACAACACUGCUAUUAUCCACGUAAACUGCUGAAAAUCGAAGCAGCUUGCAGUUUCCACCAUGGGAAGGGGAAAAUUCAAGGCCAAACCCACCGGUCGCCGUCAGUUUUCUACCCCGGAGGAUAUGCUUGCUGGUACCUCCACGCGUCCGAGGACUUUUAAACAGAAAGAAGUUGAGGAUGAAAAGGAGGUAUCUGAAGAAGAAGCAACUUCUGGGGAUGAAUCUGAAGAAGAAACUACCAAGACAAAAGGUACUCAAGGGGUUAUUGAGAUCGAAAAUCCUAACUUAGUAAAGCCAAAGAGCUUGAAAGCUAGAGAUGUUGAUUUAGAGAAAACAACUGAGCUUUCCAGGCGUGAAAGAGAGGAGAUAGAGAAACAGAGAGCUCAUGAGCGCUAUAUGAGGCUGCAAGAGCAAGGAAAAACGGAACAAUCCAAGAAAGAUUUAGAGCGUUUAGCUCUUAUCCGUCAACAAAGGGCAGAAGCUGCUAAAAAGCGUGACGAAGAGAAAGCGGCUAAAGAACAGAAGAAGUCUGAAGCGCGCAAGUAAAUCUCAUGGAGGACGUAAUGUGGCCGAUUUUCACUCCAUUUUAAUCUCAUGUGCAUGUAGCUUUAUAUUGGAUAUUACAUUCCAUAUUGGUAACAUGUAAUGCAAUUAUUUCCUUAUCAUGUGGACUGAAAUCUUGAUAAUAUAUGCUUUACCCUUCAAAUCUAGCUAUGGGAAAGAGUUUCGGUA